CCAAAACAACAGACAAAGAUUCAGUUCACAUCAGUCCAGUCAACACGAGAACAAGAUAAUACAAGAAAAUACUUCUUCGAACAGUCGAAUAAAUUCCUAGAAACUGUAAUCGAGCACAGCCUUGCAGAAGUCCAAAAUUGACAUUACUUUAUAAGUUGCAGAAAAUACGUUGAUCUAUCAAGAUUAAGGCUACUAGCCGGAGAAUACAAGACUAAUAACGCAUCCAAGAUAUCUGAAACCAGUUCAACAUAAGUAUGCGUGUACCCAGAAGACUUCCAAUGCGCCUGUGGAUCAAAGAGAAGUUGGACAAAUCUGAAUUCCCAGGAAUGAGAUGGAUUGACAGAGAAGAAGGAAAGUUCGAAGUGUCAUGGACACAUGGCUCGCGGCAAACCUGGAAUAGGGAAAGAGACCUGAAGGUGUUCAAGGAAUGGGCCGCGUAUACGGGAAAGUAUAAACCUGAUGAGCAAGAAGUGGACGGAGAACUUGCAAAACGAUGGAAGACGAAUUUUAGAUGUGCCUUGAACGCGCUACCAGAAAUCGAGCUGAUCAGAGAAGAAAGUGAAGGAAGAGGAGACAAGGCAAGAAAAGUGUAUCGAAUGAAACAUGAUAAAGUGAUGAAGACAAAAACACGAAAAAUAAAAGAAACUCGCAAGCGAUUGAAAACCGAUCUGGCACCACUGGAUCGAGAGAUUAUCGAGAUCGUAGACCAGAUGGAAGAUGACUUCUCCUGGUCGCCUCUUGUCAUCAAACACACAACAGAACAAGCUGAACAUGAUGGGAUGGCACAGAUGAAACGCUUGCUUGAAAGAGGUCAUAUAUACCAGCCGUUUGGGUGGCACGCAUCAUCACUUGUCGAGGCCUGCUAAGAAAUUUAAGACCUCUUCUUGUCACGUGACGCGAAGGAAGACAGACAGACAGUUACUUGUUAGGGGUGUAGCUCGUAGCUUAGUAGCCUGACCUGUCAUAUGCGAUGUGGUACGAGUAAUUGUCAAGUUAACACGGUUAAGACUCCCACAGCUACAAUAGCCAUAUCGGAGAUAUUUAUGGUGGUACUUCUUUAUUGCUUAGUAUUUACACUCGCCCCCAGUCCCAUCCUCCACCCCGAGAUGGCUAGUUCGUAUGUAUAGCUCAUUAAAAGCUUUAAAAAGGUUCAUUAACAGUUUUUAAAGAAUUAGCUGUAGAAUACCUUCACAAUAAUCGAGCAAGCUAAGAUAUUGUUUUACCCUAUUUUGUAUAUCACUUAUUAAUAACAAACCAAUGACGUAUAGUAAUUGAAAGCCAAUCUAGCAAAGCACCCUAACGUACUCGGCCGCCAAUAUGAGAUUGUCUUGUAUGAUAUCAAUAAUAAACCAUAUGCGAAAUAAUCAAAUAAAGUACUUGAUACAA